GAAUGACACACCUCCUCUUUCCUCUCCUCCUCCUCUUACGGGCUCCCCUGUUGUUCAGCUUUGGUGAGCGCACCUGCCCCAAUAGCUGCCGAUGUGAGGGGAAAACCAUCCAUUGUGAUUCAGCUGGCUUCUUAGACGUCCCAGAAAAUGUCUCAGUUGGCUGCCAAGGCCUCUCUCUGCGCUACAAUGAACUGCACACCCUGCUACCAUAUCAAUUUGCCCAUCUAAGCCAGCUUCUCUGGAUAUACUUGGACCACAAUCAGAUUUCAGCUGUUGACAGUCGAGCAUUCCAGGGGGUCCGCAGGCUUAAAGAGCUAAUACUGAGCUCCAACAGGAUCACAUCCCUGCACAACUCAACAUUCCAUGGAAUUCCCAAUCUUCGCAGUCUGGACUUGUCCUACAACAAAUUGGAAAUCCUGCAGCCCGGGCAAUUCCAUGGCUUACGAAAACUACAAAACCUACACCUACGAUCAAAUGGUCUCUCCAACAUCCCAAUUCGAGCAUUCCUGGAGUGUCGAAGUUUGGAGUUUCUGGAUUUGGGCUACAAUCGAAUCAAGGCUCUUACACGCACCACCUUUUUGGGUCUGCAGAAGCUGAUGGAGUUGCAUCUGGAACACAACCAGUUCUCACGGAUCAACUUUUUUCUGUUUCCACGCUUAGCCAACCUGAGAUCACUCUAUCUACAGUGGAACCGCAUUAGGGUGGUCAACCAGGGCCUUCCGUGGACUUGGUAUACAUUACAGAAACUUGAUCUGUCUGGAAAUGAAAUUCAGACCCUGGACCCAGCUGUGUUUCACUGCUUGCCCAACCUUCAAGUCCUCAACCUGGAAUCCAACAAACUGUCCAAUGUGUCUCAGGAGGCAGUGUCAGCAUGGAUCUCACUUACCUCCAUCAGUCUUGCUGGGAACAUGUGGGAUUGUGGAACUGGCAUAUGCCCACUUGUGGCUUGGUUGAGGAAUUUCCGGGGGAGUAAAGACACCACUAUGAUAUGCAGCAGCCCGAAGUAUCUCCAGGGAGAAAAAAUUAUGGAAGCCACAAGGAACCAUGGUAUCUGUGAGGAAACUGAUUACGUUCUGACUGAAACACCCUCACCAAUGUCAGAGCUCAUUUCUGAAGCCACCGCUGAACCAACCUAUGCCCCUACUAGUGGCUCUCCACCAAUGCCACCAACCAACACCUUUGGUCCUCUCCCACCAUUCAGACCUCGACCUAUUCCUCAUCCUACCUUUCCAGGGCAUAUGAGCAAAGACCCAAGAGACUCAGUUCCUCGCACUAAACCAACUCUUAUACCACCCCCAGAAAUGGAGCACAUGACUCUGCACAAAGUGGUGGUGGGCAGUGUGGCACUCUUCUUCAGCAUGUCCCUGCUCUUGACAAUUAUCUAUGUGCUGUGGCGGCGCUAUCCAGGUGCAACCAGGUUGUUGCAGCAGCGGUCCAUGGUGGGGCGCAAGCGUCGCAAAAAGAGUCCAGAGCCAGAGCAGACCCUGAGCUCCCAGCUCCAAGAGUAUUACAUGAGCUACAACCCUGCUGCCACACCAGAGGCAUUGGAGGUGCUAGGCAAUGGCACUGGUUCCUGCACUUGCACAAUUUCUGGCUCCAGGGAGUGUGAGGUAUGAUCCAUCGCAUCAGCGUUAAAAUAAAAACUCAAAAUCAAAAUACAAAGGCUCAAC